GUUUAGCAAAAAGGAUUUUUCUAAUUGCUAAGCAAAGACACGAAAGCAACAAACACACUAAUUUAAUGAACACCCAUCAGUUCUAUUGUGGUGCCGCAUUCAAAUCAAACUACUUGUUGGUCCUUAACACCAGAGUUUAAUUAGGACUCCGACAGGCUAGAUUUUCAGAAUUGAAUAUGUCAAAUCGGGAGAAACAACGUCUCUUGCCCUUGUAAGCGCAGUGAUAAUUUGGAAACCUCUGCCCCUUGAGCCUAAUGCUGUGUCAUGGUGAUGGUUGCGAUUUGCGGCAUUUACACUUUGCAGAGCUCGCAGCGCAUUCAGCAAAAGCUACCGUACCGGUACCGUAUAAACAAAGGCGAAGCGGGAGGGACACGUUGCAGGCUUUCACCUUUUCAUAAUUCAGUAAUUACGGGAUGCUAAAAACGAGCUGCCAAGCUGUUCGAAUUUGCUCACGUUAUUGUCAGCGAGCGGAGCGACAAUUUUCAGAGGGUGUACUGAAUGGAUUUUUUGGAUCCGUAGGAAAUACGCCACUCAUCAAACUUGAUGGAGUUAGCAAAGAAACGGGUUGCAAUAUUCUAGUUAAAGCAGAGUUUAUGAACCCUGGUGGAUCUGUGAAAGAUCGAGCAGCUCUUUUUUCUAAUUAAAGAUGCACAAGAAAAAGGCAAUAUUAAAAAAGGUGGAACAGUAGUUGAAGGAACAGCUGGCAACACUGGGAUAGGACUUGCACAUAUAUGUAAUGCUUUGGGAUAUAAAUGUGUAAUAUAUAUGC